AUGUGUAAGGGCAGGCUCUCAUCCCGCCUGCUCACUCUCUUGGCCAGGGAACUUGAGUCUCCAGCAGACUCCAAUUGUCUUCUGUUAGAAGUUUUCCCUUCUUUCCAGGACACCCCUUUUCCAUGCUUCCUCUUUCUCAGUCAACUUGAAUUCCUAGUGGGUAUCAUGGCUAAUGGCUUCAUUGUUGUGUUACUGGGAAGGGAGUGGGUUCGAUGCCACCGCCUGUCUCCCUGUGACAUGAUCCUUAUUAGUUUGGGUGCCUCCCACUUUUGCCUGCAGUGGGUUGGAAUGAUCCACAACUUUUACUAUUUUCUUGACAAACUACAAUAUUAUAUGACCCACCAGUACUUUGGAAUUUAUUGGGAUUUUCUGAAUUCGGCCACAUUCUGGUUUGGCACUUUGCUUAGUGUCUUCUUCUGUGUCAAGAUUGCAAACUUCACUCACCCCAUUUUCCUUUGGCUGAAGUGGAGAGUUCAGGGACUAGUACCCUGGUUACUACUAGGCUCCUUGCUAAUUUUUUUCAUUGUCACCAUGCUGUUUUUUGUGGGAAACAAUGCUUUGUCCCAGAGAUUCUUGAAGGGGACAUUCUCUGGGAACAUAACCUUUUAUGACUUCAUUAAGAACCUAGAAAUAAACUACUUUCUCCCUUUGAAACUCAUUACUUUGUCUGUUCCCUGUUCUAUGUUUGUAGUCUCAACAGUUCUGCUGAUUAUCUCUCUGAGGAGACACACCUGGAGAAUGCAACAGAGUGCCCACACUACCCAGGAUCCCAGUACUCAGGCUCACACCAGAGCUCUAAAGUCUCUGGUCUCCUUUCUAGUCCUUUAUGCUCUUUAUUUUCUGUCCUUAAUCAUUGAUGUUGCUGCAUGUUCUGCUUUUGUGGGUAACUGGUUCUGGCCAUGGCAAAUUUUGAUUUAUCUGAGCCCAUCUGUUCAUCCCUUCAUCCUUAUCCUUAGUAAUUCCCAGUUAGGAGGGGAAUUCAGGAAGCUUCUUCUCCUGCCUAAAACCUUCUGGAAUGACAAGGGGACAUCAUCUCCUACCUAA